AUGGCAAUUAACCUAAAGGAGAUCGAAGACUUCGCCGUGGAGCUCGCUGAGGCUGCAGGUAACAUCUUAAUUGUGGAAUCUCGUAAGCGCCAUGAUUCCAAAGACAUUAAACUCAAGAUGAACGCGGUUGAUAUCGUCACAGAAACAGAUGAGAAGGUGGAGAAAUUCAUCCACGAUUCCAUAGCAGCGCGCUACCCUGAUCACGAUUUCGUCGGGGAGGAAUCUUAUUCGGCGGGACAAUCCAAGAAAUACUUGGUAACUGAUAAGCCGACGUGGGUGGUUGACCCGUUGGACGGUACAGUCAACUACGUUCAUCUUUUUCCCAUGAUUUGCGUAUCAGUGGGUUUUUGCUUAGGUGGCAAACCUGUGGCAGGAGCUAUCCACGCUCCAUUUUUAAAUCAGACGUAUUCAGCACAUUUGGGUGGCGGCGCUUGGCUCAACAAAAGCGUGCAAUUGCCCCUUCAAUUGCAGCCAUUGCCUGCUGAGGCUCCCAAGGGGUGCAUUUUUGCGUGUGAGUGGGGCAAAGAUCGCCGCAACAUCCCGCAGCUGAACUUGACUCGUAAAGUGGCUUCGUUUGUUAAUAUGGCGGCUCAAACAGGCGAGGAUUCGUUGCCUGGAAUGUGUCAUGGGGUGCGCAGUAUGGGUUCUGCAUCGUUAGAUUUGUGUUUCGUUGCCUCGGGUGCAUUUGACAUUUGGUGGGAAGGUGGAUGUUGGGAGUGGGAUGUGUGUGCGGGCUUCAUCAUUGUCGAGGAGGCUGGCGGCAUAAUUACUACUGCCAACCCUCCUGAAGACCGGUCUGUGAUUCCGGAGGCAAAGUUGGGCGGCAGACUUUAUUUGGCUGUGCGUGGAGCUCCAGAUGUCGAAGGAGAGACCGCGAGACAGGCACAAGAACGGGUCGUCAGAGCGGUGUGGGAUCGUGUGCAUUUGCUAGACUACGAGCGGCCAUAG